ACCCAGCUAGGCGUAAAACAGGGCUCAGUUUUGUUCUCUUUCCCUCUUGUUGAAAAAUGAGGCCGUACAGGUAAACCACAGCAGCUCUUUGCAGGAGAACCCCCUGCCCGCUGGCACUGCGGCUCCUCCGGCUCCGAUCUGUGGGCCUCGCAAAGCCGCGGCACGGGAGCUGUUAUAUCCUCCCUGUGCUAAGGGGAGGGCUGCGUGGAAAUGCGGAUGCGGAGCAGAAGGGGGUGACCAGGCCUGAUUGCUGUUAUGCUGUGGGGUUCAUCCCCGUGCUGGCUCUGGUCUCGCUGGGCAGCCAGCCUCUGCACGCCCACGGCCUGGUUUUAGCUCUAAUUUACCACCUCGAAGGGGCUCUGUGGAGAGCGAGUUUGUCCAGAGCAGCUCAGACAUCAGCCAGCACGAGGCACGGGGGUGUUUUGAAAAUUGUGGGUGAGAACACCAGACCAGUACAGCCCAUUUUCUAACCCAUCUCCCUCUCCCCAGGAGACUCCUGAUGCUGUGUGCUUUGUGCUGAAGGAAACUUCACACUGUUGCAGCGUGAGGUUGCAUCUGCAUUGCCAGGGAUGCUUACAGAAAAGAUUUGCUUUAUGGUUGGAAAAAAAAAACCAAACAACAAAGCAGAUGCAGGAUAAAUGACAUUAUGUUGCUAAAAGAAAUGAGCCUGGAGCCCCAGUGCCCAGACUGUCUGGGAGCCCUGCAGACGCCCUUCUUUGCCCUCCUGAGGUUGGUGGGUAGAUGUACUGCCCCGCAGAAAAGCGGCUGUCUCCUACCACAUGUGGCCGGCUUGGCUGCUGCUUUGGGAAUUCAAUGGAGUAAACGGAGGGGAGCCUCUGGCCCAAAGGCUGCCAGUGUGGAGCCAUGCCCCAGGUCUCUCAUCCUGCGCUUCAUCCUGCCCGUAUGUCUGUUAAUGGUCCUGCCCUGCCUCCAUCCUCAGGGACUAAUUGCCUCACACUUGAGCAAAUGUGCUCGGUGUUUAAAAGGAGUCUAUCGAUCUCAGGCUCCUGCUCCAUUUGCAUCCCCAGCUACAGGGAGCAUCCUGGGGACCUGCCCCCAGCCCCGUGCCGUGCUCGGGGCUCCCUGCCGCAGGAAGAUGGGACUUGAACACGAAGGUGCAAAGCCCGGUCUAGAUGGGGGCGCUGAGCUCAGGAGCUUUCUGAAGGCCAAUUUCCAGUACCCCAAACUUUGGGAAUGCCCUUGCUCGGGGCAGAAGCUGAUCGUGCGUCCAUCUGCAGUGACUAGAAAGAAGAGACAGCCCCAGCAUUGUCCCGCCGUGGUGCUUAGCUUCUCAUGCCAGCCAGCACCGGUCGGUAAGGAAAUACGGAGGAGCGAGCGAGGCUGUGCGGAGCUGGAGAGCUGCUGAUGGCCUGGAGGAGCCCCAGACAUCCACGCUGCAGGCACCUGCACCUCUCACACCCUGGGACUCCUCAUGCAGCAGCCAGAGAGGGUGAGGAGGAGCAGCACCGUGGAAGCUGUGCUGUGGCUGUUCCCUCGCACACCGGAGACACGGGCUUGGCAAUCUGCUGGCUGAGGAAGGAGCUGCAUCCCUGCCUCCUGCCCU